AUGAGGAUGAUAACACAAGGUAAGAAUACGAACAACUAGAAUGAACACACACACACACGCGUUGGGCAUCAAAAUAACAUUUUAAAAACCUGUACCAAUAAGAUUAAACGAUAUUUAACUAGAUGCAUCUCAUGAAGGGCGGAGAAAACAGAACCACAACAAAGAAGUAAAGUUAAACAAAUGCACGAGACAGGGAAACCAUGGCAACGAGGAUGCUAGGGUGUGGCCAGUCGUGACGCAUGUAGCUGUAUUUGCUGUGCAUCUUUAGUUCUUUUCAUAAUAUCAUUAUUAUAUUUUAAUAAUAUAAUAUCUCCUUCAAUUUGGUAGUGUAGGGACCAUCUGCCAUUAUCGUGAGUCAUGAAGAGAAGCACAAACUUUAACAACUUCACCCCCUCACUGUAGUUAUUGAACCAACAUUCAGCUUGAGUCUGCAUCAUUUACCAUGUUAGAUGUGCUACUUCAUUUAGAUCAGAUGCAAAUCAUCCACAUUCAGACUUAAAUGUAAUCAUUAAGCUUUUCAACUGGAAAACAUAGCCAGUUGUACCCAGUUGAGACUCGUGGCUUCUGAAUCAAUUUCACCUGUUCUGUACUCUGGGUCACAUAGCUGGUUAUAGUGGGUCUCUUGUUCAUUGCCUGGGGGACAGAUGGUGAGUUGCACUGAGAUGAGAUGAAAACCUCAGAUGCUGUUCCAAAGCUCCCUUCACAACCUCCUCAAAGAACCCAAAUAUAAAAUGUCUUCUUGUUAUUCAUUUGUCUUAAUCUCUUUGACUCGUCCAUAAAAUAUAAAAAUCAAAAAUCAAAUGUACUCUUGUUGUUUUAUGAAACUAUAAUCACAAUCCUUUUCUCUCAGUCUAAUCACACUGAUAGCCACUGGACAGGUUUGCUUUCCCAGCCUUCCAAAAUGUGUCCCAAUAAACCAGGGAGGCCAAACAACUCAUACUGCUGUGUGAUAGAGGACGAUGACAUAGCCCUGGCUUCCGCUCAUGUGUUUGAGUGGGCCUCCAGUGGUGACCUCUCAGCCCUGGAGAUCCUGCGGCAGAAAAGCCCAGAGCUGCUGGGCUGGAGGGAUGAGCUGGAGGCAGUCCCACUCCACCACGCUGCAGGCGGAGGACGCUUGGCCGUCAUUCGACUCAUAGUAGACACAGUCGGCACAGAGGAGCUGAAUGCUCAGGAUGAGCAGGGCAGGACGCCUCUUCACUGGGCCGUGGAGAAGAAUCAGCAUGAGAGCUGUAUGUUCCUCCUGGAGCUCGGAGCUGAUCCAAACAUUCUCACCGUGGCUCUGAUGGCACCACUGCACCUGGCUGUCAGCCAAGGCCACAACCACUUGGUGAAGCUUCUCCUGUCAUGCAGCCGAACAGACGUGAACUUGGAGGGGGAUCUGGGUAACACCCCAGUUAUGCUCGCCUGCUCCCACAAUAACUGCCAAGCUCUUCAGACACUCUUCGAUUAUGGUGCCAAGCUGUGCCAUCAGAACAAGCUGGGUCACUAUGCCAUCCACACGGUGGCAUUCGCUGGUGCCACAGAUGUCAUGGAGGUGGUUCUACAGAAGGGAGAAGAGCUGGGCAUUUCCACCGCCACACACAUUAACUAUCUGGAUAAGUCCAAGAGCAGCCCCCUUCACUUAGCUGUGCGGGGGGGCACCAUGGACGUGAUCAAACUGUGUAUCAGUAAAGGAGCUAAAGUGGACCAGCAGCAGUGUGAUAAAUCCACAGCCCUCCACUUUGCCUGUACUCAGGGUGCGAUAGAGGCUGUAAAAGUGAUGCUUGUGCCUUUUAAAUCAGUGGAUGAAAUCAUUAACAUCAGAGAUGCCGCUAACCAAACCCCCCUACACAGGGCCACGUUGUUUGAUCAUGUUGAAUUGGCGGAGUAUCUUGUUUCAAAGGGAGCAGACAUGGACUGCAUUGACAUUAAGGGUCUGUCCCCACUGCUGUUGGCAACCACAUGCAGCGCUUGGAAAACAGUUUCCUUUUUAUUGUCAAAAGGUGCAGAUGUCAGAGUCAAAGACAAAACAGGGUGCAGCUUCCUCCAUCAUGUCGUUCUCCAACCAAAAGGUCUGAGGAACCUUCCUGAAAACAUCCUGCAGAGCAAGGCGGUGAGAGAGCUUCUGAGCGAGGAAGACUCAGAUGGUUGCACUCCUCUUCACUACGCCUGUAAACUGGGCAUCCACAACUCUGUUCAGAACAUGUUGGGCCUCAACAUCAGCCUGAGCCACAAGUCCAAGCAGAAAAAAUCAGCCCUUCACUUUGCUGCAGAGUACGGACGUGUUAACACAUGCCAGAGGCUUCUGGACACCAUCACCGAUUCCAGGCUGCUGAACGAGGGUGAUGAGAAUGGUCUGACGCCGCUCCACCUGGCCUCUGGGGGGGGUCACACCAAAGUGGUGGAACUGCUGCUCCGGAGGGGAGCUCUGUUUCAGAAUGACUAUAAAGGAUGGUCAUGUCUGCACCAUGCGACGGCUGAGGGCUUCACCAAGACCAUGGAGAUCCUGCUGGCAGGCAACAUCAAACUGAUGGACAGCACGGAUGAGGAGGGGAACACAGCUUUGCACAUAGCUGCACGCGAAGGGCACGUUGCCGCCGUCAAACUGCUUCUGAACAGCGGUGCUCAGAUCACUCUCAGCAAAAACGACACUUCCUUCAUACACGAGGCAGUGAGAAAUGGGAGAAAAGAUGUAGCCAACGCCACGAUACACAGUGAGAGAUGUGACGAGGCCUUGAGUCUAUUUAAAAGGGGUUCCGGACGCUGUGUUGUUCUUGACUUAAUAGAGUUUCUCCCGGAGUCCGUCAAGCACCUUCUGGACCUGUCGAUGACGGAAUCCGAUCACGAUCCCAACAGUAUCGACUACCAUAUCACAUACAGUUUCAAGUGGCUGCAGGCUCCAGUGAAGUUUCAGAAGUUUUCUCAGACAGACAGUUCUCUCUACAUUCAGCCUCUGGCAGCUCUUAAUGCUAUGGUGCAGUACAAGAGACUGGACCUUCUCACCCAUCCCGUGUGUCAGAAGUACUUAGGGAUGAAGUGGAAAGCUUAUGGGAGCAAAGCUCAUCUACUCAAUCUAGCGGUGUACCUGCUUGGUCUCCUGCCCCUCACGUACCUUAUCAUCAACCUGAAGCCCACCCAAAACAUCUCCAUCAACAGCACAGAUGUCACCAUAGAGCCCACUUCCUUCCGCACGCAAAGCUGCAUGGUUUCUGUUUGCAUUGUCAUGGUCCUCGUCAUGAACGUGUAUGCCAUUUGUAAAGAGCUGGUACAGAUGGCUCAGCAGCGACUGAAAUAUUUCAUGGAUUCGACGAACAUGUCGGACUGGAGCACAGCCGUGUGCUCCCUCACCUUCGUCGUGCCAGUCUGCUUCAGCACCGAGGACACGUGGCACUGGCAGGCGGGUGCGUUGGCCAUCCUCUUCGCCUGGAUCAACUUCCUCCUCUAUUUCCAGAGGUUCGAGCGGUUUGGUAUUUACGUGGUAAUGUUUGGGGAGAUCAUAAAGACUUUGGUCAGCGUUAUCAUCCUCUUCGUCUUCCUCCUGCUGGCUUUUGGUUUGUCCUUCCACGCCCUCAUGCUUCAUCGCGAGGAGUUUAGCUCCAUCAGCCUGUCUGUGGCACAGACGUUUGUGAUGACCGUCGGGGAGUUGAACUACCAGAGCUCCGUGCUGGAGGCGUACGAGCGCGGCCUGCUGGCCUUUCCUCAGAUAACCUACUACGUCUUCGUCAUGUUCGUCCUCCUCAUGCCGAUCCUCCUCAUGAACCUGAUGAUUGGUCUGGCAGUGGGAGACAUUGCGGAGGUGCAGAGGAAUGCAGCACUGAAGAGAUUGCAAUGCAGUCAUUGUCACACGAUUGAUCUCCAUACUACGCUAGAGGAGAAACUACCCUACUGGUUCCUUAAGAGAGUGGACAAGCACUGCAUUGUCCUGUACCCAAACAGGAAGUGUGCCAAGCUUACUGGAAUGAUUGAGCAGUUCUGGAACUUGGAAGAGAAAAGCAAAGUGCAGCCUUGCAUGGCCAUGCCAUCUCAGCACUGCAGUGCCCCGGAGCGAGAUGUCAUGAAGCAGAAGAACAGGCUGAAGGAGAUCUCCUCAGUGCUGGAGAAGCAGCACACUCUCCUCAAGCUCAUUAUCCAGAAGAUGGAGAUCAGCACGGAGGCCGAUGAGUAUGACGGCCCGCAGGACCUCCGCAUCCUGUCCCGCCCUGCCCGCGCCCCCACCCAAUCCAAAUGGGUCCCGCUGAUGCAAGCCCUCAAAGCCAGGAGGUGACACGCCUGAUGACAUCACGUCAGAUGCCUUCAAACACUGUCUGAAACAUAGCAUAAUAUACACAUUAAUCAUGUCUGGAACAUUUCUAUAUUUUAAAUGAAUAAUCUUGCAAACUCUGUCUUUUAACUGUUCCAGAUUUAGUCAAACCUUAUGUAUUGUGUGACUUGUUUAUUUAUUAUGCUGCCUGCACCUUUUACGUUGGAUCUCAGAAGCUUAUAAAGUGAAUCUAAAAUUAAA